CAAAACUAAAACAAAUGUCAAAAUUUUCAUAAAUAAUAAUGAGAAAAUAUUUUAAUAUAUUCCACAAACAGAUUUAACUUCGCAAAUGUUUAGACACAGUAAAGAACAUAUGAAUAUUAAAUCAUUUGAAGCAAUGAAAUCGGCGUCUGCUCAACCACAAAAAGAGCAAUCGCUCACAAGUAAUAUCACUAUAAAAUCAAAACGAUUGCCUCAAAUCGAAAUUUUUGAAACAAGUGAAAACACAAAUAAAAAUCCAAUUUUGACUAAGAACAUCAGAAAUAUAAAUGAAUUUUAUGAGGACAUCUUGAAACUCCUAUUAGAAACUGAUAUGAAUUAUCAGCAACUUUUAAAUCAUAUUGAAAUCAAUGAGAUAGAUUUGAAUUAUUUAAGAGAUGCAUUUCAAGUUGGCGAAUAUAGUCAUAAGAAAUUGAUGGAUAAAAUUAAAAAGAAGUCAUCAUUAGAAACAAAGUAUGAAGAAAAUGACACGAAGCAUGUAAAAACUACAGAAUGGUAUCCUAUUUUAAAAAUUGAGACUAUAGAUAUAUUCCAAGCUCACGUUGACCUACUUAAAACAUUUUUAAAACAUGAAAUUAUGAUUUCAAAACUUCCAAACUAUCACUGGAUUGAAAAUUUUAAUUCAUCAGCUUUGAAAAUUUUGUCAUGUCAUGCAAAUUCAACAAAUCUCGAAGAGUCGUACAUAUCACUAGCAAAAUGGAUAGCCUUUAUCGAAAUUCAUCAAAAUUAUCCAACAAACCUCGAAAACUUUCACAUUUUACUUGAAAAUAUCAUCGACACUCAACAGUAUGAGAAAGAAUCAUCAUUACAAUGUUCUCAUAGAUUGUCAUUUACAAAACUAUUUAAAUUUUUCGACAACAGUAAAAAUGGAGUUUUAGAAUCAGUAAUAAAAGAAGGUCAGCAUGAAAUUCAUUUAAAAGUUAAAGAAGAGGAAAUAAUCAAACUUUUUUGGAUUUCAACAAGCCAAUUAAAAGAUUCAUUUCUAAACUUCAUCUUUGAACUUCAAUCAAAUCAAUCGGACAAGGAGGAUAUUAAGAACAUUUUGAGGAACAUAUUCGAAAUUGUUGAAAAAAUCAAUAAAGUCACCACUCCUAUAGAUAAAGAAGAAAUAAGUUUCCAAGAACGUAUGAAAAAGUCACUUACUAAUGGAAUUAUUGAACAUUUCAUGAAAAAUGUCAACCAGAAAUUGUUAAAACAAGCGAAGCACAAUGAACAAAAAUUAAAUCAAUUGAUAAAACUGAUUCAAUUUGUACAAAAGAACUUCAAACAAUUUAUUGAAGAUUUUGGUCAAAUAUUUGCAUCUUAUUUCAAUACUUCUCUAUUGGAAUUACUUUACUAUACUUAUGAUUCACAACUUGCAAAUGUCAUCAAGCCAAUCGUAGUAGAAAUAAAUAAGACUAGAGAUGGAAAUAUUGAAUACUUUUUAAAAAGUUCAGAAGCAGUUUCCACAAAACUUUUUCAACUUUAUUGUGAACUGAAGAAAUUUUCUGAUUAUGGAAUGGAAAUUUCUGGAAACCGUGAAUUUAAAACGAAAGAAUACUUUUCAUGGUUUUCACAUGGAGUUGAAACAAGAAGUAAUUCAUUCACUUUGUUUGGAGCCAAAAUAAGAAUUGAAAAGGCUUUAAAUGCUGACAGCUUAAAGUCACCGAGCGACAAUAUAAAACAUUCCAAAUCAGCACAAGAGGUUUCAAAAAUUCUAAAUUCAGUUAAUGAUUUCUGGGAAAAUCUUGAUGAUAAGUUUUAUGAAAAUAAAGAAACAGAACUAGCCAAACUUGUCUCGGGAGAUGUUUGUCGAUUUUCGAUUAUAUAUUUUGAAAAAAUGGUCAAAAAGAUGCAAUCGUCCAAGUUCACACUCGUUUAUGUUAAUUCUUUUAAGAUACCAUCAGAACUAUCAACCAUUAUAGCAAACAUCAGUUUUGUUUGGGAUGAGGUGCAUAUUAUAAUUGGACAACUGAUAAAGAAAAAUUCAAUAAAAUCCUGCAGUGUAAAAAAAAUUCUUCAAAAUACCUUAAAAUAUGUGAAAGAACUAACUCAAACAUUACUGUGCUCCACAUUGGAAAAAUGUGUUCCAUCAAUAAAAAAAUUAAUGAUUGAAAGUGCUGAGGAUUAUAACUCUAGUGAGAGUGAAUUUGAUAAAUUAACACUUUAUAUAGAAAGUACAAUUUUAUCUUUAAAAAAUUAUCUACCAAAUCGUGAAUUUGAGACAGCUAAAGGAAUAUUGUGGGAAAAAGUAUUGGAAAUAAUAACGGAAGUAAUUGAAAAGUUAAGUCACAGCAUGUCACCAAAAUUCUUUUCAAAUCUUAAUAAAAUUUUUGCAAAGCUGAAGCUAAUAUUUAAAUUUUCACCAAAUGAAAUAGAAAUCACGAUUAAAGUAGAAUCAAUUGAUGAUCUUUUAGAAUAUUACGGACUUAAUACUUCACGAUUGAUUCAUGAAUAUUAUAAAACCCGUUAUGAAAUGCAAAAGCAAAUUGAAGGUCCUUAUAUACAUCUUUAUGGAACUCUAUCCAUAAACUGCUAUUUUUCUGGGAAUAAAUUAUCCUUAAAAAUUCUCAAUACUAAAGACAUAUUACCAAAUAAGAAACAUGAAUUAACAGCAACUGUGAACUUUAUUCCUGAAAAAAGUUUUCAAGCAUACCAGCAUCUAAAAGUAAAAGUUCAAGAAAAACUUGAAUUUAAAAUGACACAGGAACAAAGAAGCAUGAGUGAUGCAAUUAUUUUCUUUUAUGUAGAAGAAAAAGUACUUUUUGGAAAUAAAGAAUGCCUCGGUGAAGCUUUUCUUGCCUUUAAAGAUAUUCCUCAAUGCAACGACAAUCAAACGAGUCAUAAAAUCAAUUUGACUUUUACUAGAAUCCAUGGAGAAGAAAUUGAGUCAUUGAUGGAAAUUCAAAAGAGAAGUCAAAAAGGCGAAAAGGAAGCAAAGGAUUUUCUUACCAAACUAAAACCCAAAAUGUUAGCUUCGUCGAGAAAGUCAAAAAAUCUUGUGACUGAAUUGUAAUUUAAAUGUAAUAAAGAUAUAAUGAAUAUACAAAAUAAAGAAGUAAUUCUACC